CCUUGUAUUUCGAAAAUUCGUUUAAAAAUCAGGGCAAUUCAAAAUCUUGUUUUCGCGCAAUAUAAAUUCUGCUAAUGGCCUGCCAGAAUUCUCCCGAAAAUACCGAUGUUCCGGAAAAGUCGCUUUCGCCAGUUCUUAGUAAUAGCCGAUCCUAUAGGAAAGUGCUACAUGUAAAAAAGAGAAAAUAUUCAAAUAUUCGCAACAAGGUUAAAACUGAAGAAAAUAAGGAACCUGUCGAUGAAACGGAGCCCGAAAUCGCCACUUAUUCGGAGAAAUUAGGACCGGAUGUUUCUCUGGUACAUCAAAUUGAAUACCUGAAAAAAUGGAAAGCUGAUAUGGAGAAAAAUUAUGAUAAAAUAGCUUACAGCUCCACACUUGGGCAAAACGAGCUUAUGCUUGGACCGGCUAUAUCCGAAAAUGAUGUUAGUGCAAUGGUAAUUAGAGACUUGGAGCCUGCACCUAGAAUCUUUACAAAAAGUACGAUAAGAGGAAAUAGGAGUGUGAAAAAUAUAUUCACGGAUGAAAAUUUUGACGAUUUGAAGCCAUUCAAAGGUGGUUUCGAUAAAAUUCCAACAGCUAAAAGGAAUAUUUUUGAAAAUGAAAAUUUUGAUGAUCUUAAGUUACAAGGAAGUUUCGUAGCAUUUCAAAAAUCUUCAUCUAUUUUGAGACCCAAACAGGUAAAUUCCAAUUCUGAUUUGGAAGCUAAAAAGUGUGCCGAGAGGCAGUUUAUCAACGGCCCAAACAUAUUUCAGAAUGAACAACUUGACGAUAUUAAAUUGCCAAUGCAUUUUGAUGGGUUUAAAAAAUGUUCCUUCCUUAUAGAAAAAGAAUUAUUUAGCAAUAAAGAAACUUUAACAAUUGCAAAAAAUAUUUUUGAGAAUGAAAAUUUUAAAUCAUUUCAAAAAUCUACAUCCAUUUUACCAAGCGGUGCUAACUGUAAAUUAGCAAAGGAAAAGUGCACUGAAAAACAAUGCACCAAAAUCACUUCAGAUAUUUUUCCGGAUGAACAAUUUGAUGAUCUUCAAUUGCCAGAAGAUUUUAAUGGAUUUCAAAAAAGUUCUUUUCUUAUCACUAAAAGCUCACCAGAUAAGCGCAGUGCACUUUUAGAAAGUAAGUUAGUUAAUUCAGAGCAAACUAAUACUAAAGCAACUUUACCUGACAUGUUUGGAGAUGAAAAUUUUGAUGACUUAAAAUUGGGCCGACGCAAUUUCGGAGGUUUUAUUAAAGCUUCUGAAAAGAAUAAAUUAUCAACAAACCGAAUGCUCACAGUAAACUUGGAAUUGGAUGUUGCUUCAGCUGUUAAACAAGGUUCUUCAGAAGCAGGGAGGGUACCUAAAAUCUCUGGCAAUAGUGGUUUCAGAAAUAUAUUUGAUAAUGAAGAUUUUGAUGAUUUAAAAAAUAAUGAAGAAAAAAUAAGGAACAACUCCAGUAGCUAUAAAAAUGGCAAUUUUAAACAACUAUUUGCCGACGAAAAUUUUGAUGACUUAAAACACAGCUUCGAAAAUUUGAGAGGUUUUUCAAAAGCUUCUGCAACUACAGUGGACAAUUGUAAUGAUUUUAAUAGAAUCAAUUAUUGCGUUGAUGAGGACUUUAAAGGCUUUACCGAUUCCGAAAAACUAAUAUCUUCAACUGUGAAAAAUGCAUUUUGUAAGCACAUCAGUUUUCCUGACACACCAAACACGCAGUCAAAGAGUGUUAAUAAAAUUCAAACAACUGAUUUGAACGUAUCUAUGAAAAAUAAGUCUCAAACGCAUGGCAAUGUGAAUUUUCUGAGGAGGCCCAAAAAGAGGUUAGGAGUCCAUGUGUCUCCCUCGAUAACCGUAUCAGACAGGAGCUUAAAACGAGCAAAGAUGCUCUUCGAAGAUGAAUUUUCCAGCACGUCGACUCCGGUCAGAGCGGACGUCGCCCCCAAAGUUAAUUGCGACAUAACUCCAAUUCAAAAACGUACCAAUGUCUUUUCAGUUCAGAAAAAUACACCCAAAAGCGAGUCCUUUGGUAAAAUUGUUGUGGAACGCACACUGAUAAGCGGCAGGUUCCAAAUUCGGAACCCCUCGGAGGUCGGCAUUGACCAAGUGUUGCACGACAUAGGCAAUGAGCGCCGAUUGCUCGAAGAAAAGCUGAGGAUUAUCGGCCAGAGGGAGACGGCUUUGAGUGACCAACGCCAAUUUCUCUUGUUUCCCAGGGAAAAUGUCAAGGCGAAUCCUGGUUUUUUGUAUGUUGCCAAAAGUAAAGGCCAUUGCCGGAGAUUGAGAACUAUCGCAUGGCGACAAAAUUUGACCGAUUUCGAGGCCGAUAAUAUUGUGUACCAGAUUAACCCUACCAAUGCUGCCAUGGUGCAUUUUAAUUUAAACGAUGUUGACGAGGAGCAACCGUUUAUAGUAACGGCUGACGGGGCCAAAGUAAUUCCAAACGGUGGCAACCAAAUCGGGCUGCCCGAGGUGGAUCGAAGCUUUAAAACUAUGCUAGGGGUGGAUCCGGGUUUAAUUCCCAAGGGGUGGGUAAAAAAUCACUACAAAUGGAUCGUGUGGAAGUUAGCUAGCUACGAGCGGACCUUCCCGGACAUAUUCGAUCGGUGCUUGAGCGUCGAGAACGUCGUGCGACAGCUAAAGUAUAGGUACGACCGCGAAAUAGACAAGGCGGAGAGGCCUGCCGUUCGCAAGAUUCUCGAAAAAGACGACUGUGCCCAAAAGAGAUUGGUGCUAUGCGUGUCCAAGAUAUCGAGGGUUGGUACCGGUUACGAGUUGGAACUAACCGACGGUUGGUACGCCGUAAGGACCGUCAUCGAUCGUCCAUUGUGCGAUCAAAUUGAUCGGGGCAAACUUCGCGUAGGCACGAAAAUAAUCACGUGCGGGGCCGAACUGUCGAACUGCGAAGCUUGCAGUCCAUUGGAGGUCAGCGAUCUGGCUUACUUACGGAUAAGCUAUAACUCGACCAGAAGGGCCGCAUGGUGGGCCAAGCUGGGUUACCAAAGGGACCCCGAUCCGUUUCCCGUGUCUUUAUCAAGCGUUCGCCCCGAGGGGGGCAAGAUUGGGUGCGCGCGCUUCUACCUGGCCAGGGUAUAUCCUGUCAAGUACCUCGAAUCGGUUGAAGGAAAGAAAGUGUGGAGGAAUGAAAAGGCGGAGGAACGUAGGACGCAAGAGUGGCAGUGCGAGAGGGAAAGGGAGUCGGCGCCUCGAACCUUUAAACACAUCGAAAAGGAGGACAUCAGGGAAGUGAGAGAUCCGGGGGCCUUGUACGAGAUGUUGCAGAGGAGCGACGAUCCUGAAGGCCUGCAGGAAUACCUGACGGAUUCUCAGAAGGAGUCUGUGUAUUCCUAUCGAGCGGCCGAAACGGUUAACACACAUUCGAGCGAUGUGAUAAGCCGCGUCUCGCGCGACGUCACGCCCCUUUUAAAACUUAGGGUGGUGGACUGCGACGACGUGGCCAAAGACUAUACGUUCAACGUUUGGAGGCCGUCCGAAACGCACUUUCAAAUUCUAAAAGAAGAAGAAAUAGUAACUGCUUUUAACGUCACGUGCAGCAAAAAUUGGGGGCUUGGCAGCAACAGCCACACCCGGUUUCGACGCGAAGGACGGCCUACUUGCGAUGACAAAUUCGAUAAACUCAAAAGAAGGGUGACGCUCAUCGAUCGCUUGGCGCCGGGCGUCGCGUUCAGGGAAUUCGACACAGUGGGCGUGUUGGUGAAAAAGCGGAUCGAGAGUAAUUUUCAGGAUUUUUGGCUCGCCGGCCCGUCGGAAAGGUUGUUGCUGGUGAAUGUGUACGAAUCGCCGCGGAAUAUAUCGCUCCUGGGGUCGGUCAAAGACGGGGACGUCUUAACAGUAUCGAAUUUGACGUUUCAACAAGCGUAUGAUACGUAUAGUCGCGCGUGCGCGGACCAUUACACCACAGUUGCGAAAUAUUCGAGGUGCAAACAUUUGCAAGACGCGUGUCAGGCGUUAAACGCAGAGCUCGAAGAACGGGAUUUCGCCGAAUUUUUAACACUGUGUCGAAAAAAAGUGGUAAGCGUCGAAGAGAAAUGGAACUCGAGCGCGAAAUUAGAGUGGGGCAACGACGAUAUGGAUUCGUCCCAACUUACGAGCACCGAUAUCGCAUUAAUGGAGUGUAUGAAUAAGUUUACGUGAACUUCGUUGUGAUAGUGACUUAAGUUCCACGUUGAAA